UCAAGCUGGUAAUUAAUUUAUUUGAUAUAUUUAUUUUAUGCGAAUUUUCAAGUUUGAGUUUUUUCACCAUUCACUAAUAUUAAUUGAAAUUCAUUUUUUUUUUUUAUAUCAGAGUAAUUAAGAACUUAAGGAAACCCAAACAAUGGAUAGAUUUUUUGCUUUAGAAAAAGUAGAUGGCAACAUUAUUAAUUGUUUUAUUGAUGUUAGAAUGCAAACAUGUACGAUAGACCUAUACUCGGGGCAAAUGAACACAUGCUCAUAGUCACAUGUAUUGAGCCGCAAUUCUAGCCCGGCCCCCGGUUCAUCUCCUUAUAAUAGAACCGGAUUGAGAAAUAAAAGUUAGUACAAACGACACAAAGUUUAACUCUGUUUUACACAUCCGACAAUUUCCGUUCUACACUUCUACACAUCCGACAGUUCCUUUGUCCCAAAGAGUUCUAAGAGUAGACAAAGUUUGAAACGGCUGCUGUGAACCCCAAAUAUCAUUUUGUGAAGCUGUAGUAAAAUCUCAAAACCUCGUUUCAACAAUUUGUUAAAUGCGCAUAACCAUUCAUCCAAAAACAUGUAUAUGAAUAAUUUCCAGUUAGAUACCAAUCACUUCCUAACACUGAACUCCACUAGAACAUUACCAAAUGUAGGAGUUUCAGUUUCCACAAAUACAGGAAUAUCAGUAUCUCCACUAGAAAACAUUGAACCCGUUAAAAAACUGAGAGAAAAAAGGCUUCUUGAAACAUCUAAUGGAACUGUGAAGAAGUUCGGUGUAAUUCACAAACAGAGUCGUGAUAAAGCUAAUGACUCUGCUCAUAAAAAUGGGUUCGGGAAACAGGCUUUGGAGCAGAACCCAGAUAGGCAACAGAGAAAAAUGGGAAGGAAUAAUUAUAAAACCAUGAACAACAAGAGUUUGGGUGUUAAAUUUCAUAGGAUAAACGGUAAUGAUUCGGUCGACAAAGUGCGCACCAAGUGUUCGACGAAAUGGGUGAACUAUGGUGGUUCUAUUCCAUCAAUUUUGGAGGCUUUGGAAACGAUUAAGAAUUUGGAUGAGGCAUUGAAACCAUGGGAGGAUACACUCAGUAAUAAAGAAAGGAGCAUAAUCUUGAAGGAGCAAUGUAGUUGGGAAAGAGCUAUGGAGAUUUUUGAGUGGUUUAAAAGCAGGGGUUGUUAUGAAUUGAAUGUGAUUCAUUACAAUAUUAUGAUUCGGAUUCUUGGCAAAGCAAAGCAAUGGAGAUACCUUGAAUGUUUGUGUAAUGAAAUGAGUUUUAAACGGAUUUCGCCUAUCAAUUCUACAUAUGGUACAUUGAUUGAUGUUUAUAGCAAAGGUGGUCUUAGGGAAAAGGCACUUGAUUGGCUUGAGAAGAUGAAUAAACAAGGGAUGGAACCUGAUGAAGUAACGAUGGGGAUAGUCGUACAAAUGUAUAAGAAGGCAGGAGAGUUUCAAAAAGCUGAGGAGUUUUUUAAGAAGUGGUCAUUGCGCGAGGCUUUGAGGCAUAAGGUAACCGGGAAAGCAAGUGUUAGAGUGGAGAAUGAAAGGCAAAUGGAUGUUUCUUUAAGCUCACACACAUACAAUACGAUGAUAGACACGUAUGGGAAGGCUGGACAAAUUAAAGAAGCAUCUGACAUUUUUGCAGAGAUGCUUCGGAAAAGGAUAUUGCCAACAACAGUGACUUUCAACACAAUGAUUCACAUUUGUGGUAAUCAAGGCCAGCUUGAAGAAGUGGCCUUGCUUAUGCAGAAGAUGGAGGAACUUCGAUGCCCACCUGAUACAAGGACAUAUAACAUUCUUAUUUUCAUUCAUGCUAAGCACAAUGAUAUAAACAUGGCAGCUAGCUACUUUAAAAGGAUGAAGAAGGAUCAGUUACAGCCAGACCUUGUGAGUUAUCGCACCCUCCUGUAUGCUUUCUCAAUAAGGCAUAUGGUCAAUGAUGCAGAAAAUUUGGUGUCAGAGAUGGAUGAAAAGGGUAUAGAGAUUGACGAGUAUACACAAUCAGCUUUGACUAGAAUGUACAUAGAAGCUGGGAUGCUUGAGAAGUCAUGGUUAUGGUUCUGGAGGUUUCAUCUUGCAGGAAAUAUGAGUUCUGAGUGCUAUUCUGCCAACAUGGAUGCAUAUGGGGAGCGUGGGCAUGUAAAGGAAGCUGCAAGAGUUUUUGCAUGCCGCUUGGAGCAGAACAAACUUACUGUCCUUGAGUUCAAUGUGAUGAUUAAAGCAUAUGGUUUUGGAAAGAAUUACGAGAAAGCGUGUGACUUAUUUGAUAGCAUGGAGAGUCAUGGUGUAGUUCCAGAUAAAUGUAGCUAUAGUUCCCUCGUACAAAUUUUGGCUAGUGCAGACUUACCUGACAAAGCAAAACACUAUCUGAAGAAGAUGCAAGAAGCAGGACUGGUUAGCGAUUGCGUCCAAUAUUGUGCUGUGAUCUCAAGCUUUGUAAAAUUAGGUAAACUGGAAAUGGCAGAGGAGGUAUAUAAGGAGAUGGUUGGCUUUGAUGUGAAGCCAGAUAUUAUAGUUUAUGGCGUGUUGAUAAAUGCUUUUGCUGACAGUGGAUGUGUUAAAGAAGCUAUCAGUUACAUUGAUGCAAUGAAAGGAGCAGGCUUGCCUGGAAAUACAGUCAUAUACAACUCCUUGAUCAAGCUCUAUACCAAAGUUGGAUACUUAAGAGAAGCACAAGAAACCUACAAACUGCUUCAGUCAUCGGAUGUGGGUCCUGAAACAUAUUCUUCAAAUUGUAUGAUAGAUCUAUACAGUGAACAAUCUAUGGUCAAACCAGCAGAAGAGAUUUUUGAGAGCAUGAAGAGGAAAGGGGAUGCAAAUGAGUUUACUUAUGCAAUGAUGUUAUGCAUGUAUAAAAGACUUGGUUGGUUUGAACAAGCCAUUCAAAUUGCAAAACAGAUGAGAGAACUGGGACUUUUAACUUAUUUGUUGAGCUACAAUAAUGUGCUUGGGCUGUACGCAUUGGAUGGCAGAUUUAAAGAGGCGGUAGGAACUUUCAAGGAAAUGGUAGGAGCUGGCAUACAACCUGAUGAUUGCACCUUCAAGUCCCUUGGAAUUGUUUUAGUGAAAUGUGGAAUAUCAAAGCAGGCGGUUGGCAAGCUGGAAGCAACUACCAAGAAGGAUCGUCACAGUGGCUUGCAGACAUGGCUAGCGGCUCUCUCUGCUGUAGUUGAAGUGGAUGAGGACGAUGACGAUGUGAGAUUAACAUGACCAAUUAAUGUGUAAAAAAGUGUGAGCGAAUCUGUAUUAUUUUGUACUAUAAUUUCCUUGACCAAUCAAUUUCAGUCUUUAUGAAAUCUUUCCAUUGUGCUGCAA